AAGUUUAUCACAGUGUAUGCUGCACAAAAGCCGAAGUUUACCGACUGCGUUCUUGAACCGGUUUCCCUGUCAUAAGGCCAUUUCACCUGCUGGGCACACGGAGACAAGCGUACAAUCGCUCGGCGGAGCUAAAGCAAAGGCUCCCGAGAAAAAUAUAUUGCGUUGCGAAGCACCUGAGCGGUUUGACAGUUGACGAUGGGACUUAUACAGUGGGGGGUUACCCUCGUCCUUUUCACCCUUGCGUUCACGUAUCUGCCCAGACUGUUCGCUCCCAAACAGAAUCCUUUUGUCGAAGGGUAUUUUCAUCCGAAGUUUCGCAAAGUUGCUGACACCCUCAGAGCAAAUAUCGAAAAUGGGAAAGAAAAGGGUGCAGCGUUUACUGUGUAUCACCGUGGAGAGGUUGUGGUUGACAUGUGGGCUGGCUAUGCUGAUGAGGAGGCGGGGAGACAAUGGUCCGGAGACACCAUGUUCGUUGUCUUCUCAACUACGAAGGGCAUCGCCGCUCUCACCGCGGCAAGGAUGGUAGACAAGGGCUGGCUGGACUACAAGAAGCCAGUGGCCCACUAUUGGCCGGGGUUUGCUCAGAACGGCAAAGGGGAGAUAACUGUGGAACAGCUACUUGGACAUCAGGGUGGUCUGGUGGCCCUCGGGGGAAACAUGACGAGUCUUCGUGAAUAUCGUGAUAACCAGGAAGAGUUCACCCGACGACUGGAGAAAGUGACGCCACUCUGGGAACCAGGCACUGCUCACGGUUACCAUGCCAUCACAUAUGGUUUCUUUGUGGACACUCUUGUGAGGAUGGCAGAUCCCAAACACAGGAACAUUACGCAGAUAUUCCGGGAGGAGAUUGCCGAGCCUUUUGGCAUCGACUUCCACAUCGGUCUCCCAAAAUCUCUGUCACAUCGAGUAGCCCGUGGACAUUUCUUGUCCGACAUGGGGACGGUCAUCGCUUCCCUGGCGUCUUGGCGUUCGUUUCACCUCUUUGGCAGUACCUUGUUCUUACCAGAAUCCAUCACUGCCAAGGCCAUGAAUGUUAUCGACUUGAAGUUCAAUAAACUUAAUGACCCCGAAGAGAUGAGUAUUGGGCAGUCAGCCUUACUUGGUAUAGGGACGGCCCGCAGCAUCGCCAAGCUGUACAGUUACAUGGCCAUGGGCGGAAGUAUCAAAGGGAAACAGCUCAUCAAACCGGAAACUUGGAAACUGGUGACAAGCAGUUUAAGAACCGGUCAGGAUCUCGUACUUCCUACGCUCAUUGCAGAGUGGGGCAGAGGAGUAGCAUUUCGUGAACUCCCGUACCCCAAGUAUAAGGGCCAGAAACUUAUUGGUCACCCAGGCUAUGGAGGUCAAGUCGGACACUUUGACCCCGUCAACCAGCUCUCCGUGGGUUACAUCACUAACUAUGCCUCUCUGUACGGUUUAUGGGACGAUCCACGGUACCUCGACCUGGAGGCUGCCCUGUAUGACUGUCUAGAAGAUUAUGUACGAGGAGAGAAAUAGUAAUUUUCUAGAAAUAAUCACCCUUUGGUCGAGUUUAUCCCUAGCAUAUAAUGCAGAGGCGUAUAGCUGUUUGCACCUUUGUAAUUCCGUUCGUCCGUUUCUUGUCGGGAGCAGAACUUUUAACGUUCCUUCAUACAACGUUGCAUUUAGAUUAAUCAAGUAGUAAACUGAUGCCUUCAGCUAUUUUGGAAUUUCAAUAAUAUGUAUUAAUGUUUUACUGGGCAUAGCUAUGGGGUGACAUGCAGUCUUGAAUUAAGUUUUGAAUGGUGUUCGUUUCAGGAAAGAACCAAAGCAAUCUUCAUUUACGAGAAAAAACAUACACUGUGUUUUCAAUGUAGAGCUAGGUUACCUGCGCUAAAUUGAAUUUGGAAACAAACGCGCAGCGGCGUUAAUUUUAACAUGCAUCAUACGCUGUUGAUGUUGACAUGGCAAACUCGGUUUGGUGUAUUAUGUAUGGACACAAUGUUUAGAAUGCACUCUGGAAAUCUUUAAUCCAACAUGGCUACAUUACUUUUGACAUGAUAUCAGGAACAAAAGAAUGGGAUACAUAUGGCAUCAACACUUAACGCAAACUUCCACUCUUCCCUUUGAAGAACCUAAUUAACAAGAAAUAUGAUCCCAUAUGGCCGCAAACCAAACAAGAUAUCAGAAAGCAGUGAACAUACUUAGUUUUACAUAUUAAGUAUGGAGACAAUUCUUCCACAAUUUGAAAGCAUUUCAUUUAGUAACUUCUCCAGUAGGGUUCUGCAGAUCUGUUCCCAAAAAUAAGUAACAUUCACUCUUAAAGGGGCACUGAUCUAACGCAAUUCCCCGGGACUGGUUGUUGCCUUUGUUAUUGUUUUUUCCCAGUGAAUACCCGGAUGUAUAGCAGAAAUCUAGACUAGUUCGCGACCUCUGCUGCG